UUAAAGUUAUUUUUUUAAUAUCAUUUUAUAAAUUAAGAUUUACAGAAAAAUGAUUCUAACGAAAUCAUUUUUUUUCUUUUCCUUUUUAAUUCUUGUAAAAUCCAUAAACUAUUUCCAGCAGGUAAAUCAUGACUUAUUAAAUUGUUUGAUUACAAAUAAAUUGGUAAAUAAGGAAAUUAUAGAUAUGGAUUCUAAAAAAAAAUUUACUCCUAAUUUUAAAAAAUUAUUAAAUCAAUGGAAUGGAGUAAUUCUACAGAUUGUUGAUGAAAAUUAUACAUCAAAAAUUGGAUAUUCUAUGGCCAAUCAUAUUUGUUUUACAUUUAUAACCACUGGUUUUAACUUUACUACUGAUGAUGAUUAUGAUCAAUGCUUAAUUAUAGCACAAUCAUGUUGUUAUUCAUAUGUUGUUAAUGCUAAGGAGAUAAUGAAUAGUAUAGAAAUUGUAAAAAUGCCUUAUGAUCAUUUGAUUACAGCUAUUAGUAAAGAAAAAAAAAUUUUACCUAAGUUACUCGAAAACGAUGGUAUGAUUAUGGAACCUAAAGACGAACCGGAGGAAGAAAAUCAAAUAGUUGUAUUGUCCAAAAAUACAGAAGAUGCGGACUACAUUAAGAUGGAAUAUUAUAUUUAAAUUAAAAAAUAUAAAUAGAGAACUACAGAUUUGUUUUAAUUGUACUUUAACUAAUUAAUUAUAUUUAAUUUGUAAAAAUGAUAUAAGAUAAUACAUAAUUAAAAAUUUUCUGUUGUAUACAACAUA